AUGUUAAUUUCAUCCAUCUAUACUAUAUGCCUAUUCAUCAUCACUUCAGUCCUAGCUAUUCCACCAAAGGAAGGAAGUGAUAGUGACCCGGCAAAGCAAUACUUGGUGACGGAUCUACCAGGGCUCCACGAAAAUAUUGACGAUGAUUUCAAGCCUAUAAUGUAUGCUGGCCAAGUCGAGCUUUUUCCCGAAAACAAUACAAUGUACUUUUUCUGGAAGUUCACCGACCCCAAGAAAUCAACCGACUCGGCAUACUCCAAACGAUCAAUCUUUUGGCUUAAUGGAGGACCAGGCUGCUCAUCGAUGGAUGGCGCUUUACUUGAAACCGGGCCUUUUAGAAUUAACCAAGAUGAAAAAGUUGUUAUGAAUAAUGGAUCCUGGCACAAGGCCGGAGAUGUGGUUUACGUUGACCAACCAGCUGGCACGGGAUUCAGCUAUACCGACCAAGGGAAAUGGCUUCACGAUUUGCCAGAUAUGGCUUUUUAUUUUCUAAAGUUUAUGGAGAAGUAUUAUGAGAUUUACCCCGAGGAGAUUGAUAAUGAUAUUUACUUUGCUGGCGAAUCCUAUGCCGGACAAUAUAUCCCAUACAUUGCAGACGCCAUCCUUAAAAGAAAUGCAAAAUUGGAAGAAGGACAAAAGAAAUAUAAUUUGAAAUCACUUUUGAUUGGAAAUGGCUGGGUGUCGCCAAAUGAACAAAGCUUAUCUUACUUGCCAUUUUUCAUUGAGAACAAAUUGAUCGACAAGGAAAAUCCCAGAUGGAUGGAGUUACUUGGAGACCACGAGAAAUGCCAACGAAUAGUUGAUGGUAUUGACAGCAAAUUCGACGACAAGGAAUUGAACCCAGCUGAGUUGGACUCAAAUUUGUGCGAGGGGAUCUUGACGAAACUCUUAUCGGCUACUGUAAACGGUGAUGGUGCUGAUGAUGAUCAAAGGUGCAUUAAUAUGUACGAUUUCACGUUGAGAGAUUCGUGGCCUGGAUGCGGAAUAAACUGGCCUUUUGAACUUAAAUACGUGACUCCUUUUUUGAGAAAUGAUGAAGUCAAGCAUGAUUUGAAUUUAAGAGUGAUGAAGACAUGGCGUGAGUGUAGUGGUCGAGUAGGAAGAAAUUUUAAUGCUCAGCAUUCAUUCCCCUCGGUGCAUUUGCUUCCUGAUCUUUUGAAACAGGUUCCCAUAAUCUUGUUUAGUGGAAUGAAUGAUAUCAUUUGCAAUUCAAAGGGAACCUUGCAAUAUGUGCUGAAAUUGAAUUGGAAUGGACGCAAAGGAUUCGAAAAUCCAGAUGCUAAGCUUGACUGGAUUCACGAUGAUAAGAAAGUUGGAUAUGUGAUUCAGGAACGGAACUUGACAUUUAUCGAUAUUUACAACUCGAGCCAUAUGGUGCCAUACGAUUUGCCAGAGGUGUCGAGAGCUUUGUUGGAAAUUGCAACUAAUAAUUAUGAUAUUAGGGAUGUUGACGAAACAAACCAAAACCUUGUAACUUAUCCACUUGGUGUCCAAAAGAAGGGUAAGAUUGAGGUAAAUCCUCCAUCUACGCCAUCGUCCAAUGAUGAUUCUACAACAUCAGAAACCAGUGAUUCGCAACCAGAUACUGUGUCAUCGGCUGGUACCUCAGCAGAAGCAGAAACAGAAACAGAGGCAGAACCUACUGUCAACAAAGUUGCGCGUUUGAUCCAACUUGCAGUCAUCCUCAUUGUUAUUUGGGGUCUUUACCUUCUCUAUGCAUCGUGGAGAGCCAGGCCAUCUCCAAUAAUGAAGAAAAAUGGAGGCAAUGGGCGCAAGAAGAAUGUGCAAUGGGCAGAUCAAUUAAGUCGAUUUGAAGAAGAAGCAGACGCGUCGCAACUGAAGGGAUUUUUUGCAAAGACUAUGGAUAGAUUUAGAACUACAGAAGGUCAAGGGUCGUAUGCGAGAGCUCAGAGUGAUGAUUACAUUGAUGAUAUAGAAUUGGGCGAAGGUAUUGGCGAGACUCAACUUGAUGAUUUCAUCAUCGGAAGCGAUGACGAGAGAGAAGGAGAGCUGGAGCAGCCCACUCACAAGAGUGGCAAUAUGGACACAGACACAAAUAAAAACAUGAAAAAUAGCAGCAACGAGAGCAAGAACAAAAAUACAGUAUAG